AUGGAGCGCUGCCCCAGCCUGGGGGUCACCCUCUACGCCCUGGUGGUGGUCCUGGGGCUGCGGGCGGCACCGGCCGGCGGCCAGCACUAUCUCCACAUCCGCCCGGCCCCCAGCGACAACCUGCCCCUGGUGGACCUCAUCGAACACCCGGACCCUAUCUUUGACCCCAAGGAGAAGGAUCUGAACGAGACGCUGCUGCGCUCCUUGCUCGGGGGCCACUACGACCCGGGCUUCAUGGCCACCUCUCCCCCCGAGGACCGGCCCGGCGGAGGCGGGGGCGCAGCCGGGGGAGCCGAGGACCUGGCGGAGCUGGACCAGCUGCUGAGGCAGAGGCCGUCGGGGGCCAUGCCGAGCGAGAUCAAAGGGCUGGAGUUCUCCGAGGGCUUGGCCCCUGGCAAGAAGCAGCGCCUGAGCAAGAAGCUGCGGAGGAAGUUACAGAUGUGGCUGUGGUCGCAGACCUUCUGCCCGGUGCUGUACGCGUGGAACGACCUGGGCAACCGCUUUUGGCCACGCUACGUGAAGGUGGGCAGCUGCUUCAGCAAACGCUCGUGCUCGGUGCCGGAGGGCAUGGUGUGCAAGCCCUCCAAGUCUGUGCACCUCACGGUGCUGCGGUGGCGCUGUCAGCGGCGCGGGGGGCAGCGCUGCGGCUGGAUUCCCAUCCAGUACCCGAUCAUUUCCGAGUGCAAGUGCUCCUGCUAGAACUCGGGGCACCCUUUCCGCACCCGGACACAUGGGCGAUCCGCAUCAACGUCCCCCAGUCUCCAGCCAGCUCCACCACCCUCUCUCUCCACGAGGGGAUUCAAUGAACUUUUUUUUUUUUGGCUACAGAGACUUAGCUUUCUGGUUCAUGUAAUGCACUGUUUAACUGUGUAGGAAUGUAUAUGUGUGUGUAUAUAUACGGUCCCAGUUUUAAUUUACUUAUUAAAAGGUCAGUAUUAUACGUUAAAGUUACCGGCUUCUACUGUAUUUUUAAAAUAUAUAUAUAAGCAACAGGAAAAAAGAACAGAGAAAAGACUUAUUCUGGUUGUUGCUAAUAAUGUUAACCUGCUAUUUAUAUUCCAGUGCCCUUCGCAUGGCGAAGCAGGGGGGGGGAAAGUUAUUUUUUCUUAAACUGCAAAGAGGGGGAGAACUUUUGUAGAAGGACUUUAUAAAAGCUAUUUUCCAUUCUUCGGAAAGUGUUUUUGGUUUUCCUUGGACCUCGAAGAAGCUAUAGAGUUCAAUGUUAUUUUACAGUUAUUGUAAAUAUAGAGAACAAAUGGAAUGACUAAUCAUUGUAAAUUAAGAGUAUCUGCUAUUUAUUCUUUAUAAUAUCCCUUGUAGUAAAUGAGAAAGAAGUGCAGAGCAGGAUUAAAGAAAACCACUAAAAUCGA